GACAAGUUCAAACAUAACUGACUGCGCAUACCCGGCGCACCAAUUGUUUUCGUUUUUUUAUCGUAGUAAAAAUCCACCAAUCCCCUUGAUUGCGGCUAGUAUCAGGAAGAAAAUUUGGACAGCAGGGAUCGGUUAGCAGGAGCUUUCUCUGACCAGAUCUGCAGAAACGGCGCAGGCAGGAUCAUGAAUACCGAGAAUUUUGAACUAAAACCACCAGCUGAGAAUGCAACGGUUAUCACCAUCGUACCGGUGGAGAAUGCUCAAGGCCUUGUGCCAUCGACUAGUGCAGGCGAAGCGGAAACUAGCUACUCUACAGACUCUGAAUCUGAUAAUGAAAGCCAUGGAUUAUUAGCAGAACAUUCUGGUUUGGAAGGUGUAGUAGUACAUUCACCGGGUUCUCAAGAUUCUCCUGAGACUGAGGGACAAACUUUGCGGCGCAGACAUAGACCAGCAGAAAGCGAUCGUAGCGAUCGUAGCGAUUCGUCUUUCCAAGUGACUGUGAUGAAAACUUCGGCUGCAGAAUUCAUUGUGUCAUGCGAUCUGUUGGAAGAAAACCAUUUCUGUGACGAUUUGGACGAAACUGCGUUGGCAUUAGUAAAGAGAUCUGCUCUUGUGCUUGUGGAGAUAAUAUGCACUAAUGCUUUACGCCUAUGGUACUAUAUAAACAUAUUUAUCAGGAAUGCGAAGAUUGCUUGCAUUGCCCUAAUCGAACGUCUGCUUCGACUGACCAUACAUGAUCUUUUUCGAUAUACUACUGAGUUUGUUUUGGACGCGUAUGAUCAAAUCGGGCACUAUUUCCUGGGGUUUCCGGAUCCCUAUUUUGCCAGUACGCCAUUUCGGCAAUGGUUUCGUUUAAUCGUCGGGUUUGGAACCUUUACAUUUACCCUGCCAAUAUUGGAUGUGGGUUCCGAUAUUCUGUUCAUUCGGAAUCUUUGGUCGGAUACAAAUUGCUACAUGAAUCCGCAACUGUUGAUGUUGAUCACACUAGUGCCUUUUUUUCCGCUUAUAUUCUCCUUUGUAACGGAAAUUUUCAGUGUGCAUGUGGACUGGGCGGAAGCUUCUGCCGAGAACUGGCGGCUCGCUCAAGGACAGCUUAUCAAGUUGCCGGACCCGCACCUUCUUUCAAAACGAAUUGUUAACGAUGGCUCAUGGAGCGGUUUACUCCAGGAAAGCCAAAGCGAGACGUUUAAAAACCGGGUUAAAGAGAAUGUAUUUCCUUUCGAAUUUUUUGUUCGCUGCUGGUUGUUUUUCCAAACGUGGAGAAAUGGUGCCCAUAAUGGAAAGGAUUCCCGAUACAAAGAGGAAAACGAUCUGGAAUUUCAUGAUAUGCACCUUCAAGGGGCUCAGCUAAAAGAGAUCAGAUACGAAUCCAGUAUCCAGUUAAUCAUACUGUUGAUUUUAAUGGGGACCGGUACCCAGCCAUUUUCCUAUACAGGUUGCGCUUCCGUUGUCAUGUCAUUGUUGUCCGUUGCGAAAUAUUUCCCUUCUUCGGCGCAAUUGCCCGAACGCUUCGCAUUUAGCAGGAGUUUACUUAUGGAGCGGGACUGCAUUGGCUUUAUGGAGGCCAAUCAGCUGCUUCCGCCCAGUUUGGUCCUGUUAUAUGGAACCCUUAGCAACUUCCUUUAUAUCGUGUGCCGCUAUCACGUAAUAAUUUCUUUGGCAGUUUAUAACUGGCAGGCCGGACUCAUGCUCAUUGCUCUGCAGACUGUCAUCGUAACUGCGUCCCUGAUACUGUCCUACCUUCUACUGCCUUCUGAUUCGUUCAGAAUGCGCCGAAUUAAGGGCAGCUGGAUUGCAAAAUACAAACAAAGAUAUCCGUGGCGUAGAAAGAUCGGCAACGUCGUCGCAUUUGUUGGGUGUUCGCUCAAUAUUUUAUUUUAUUUCCUUAUUGCACCGGUUACCACAACCGUGACAAUGUGGGGCUGCGUGCUGGGAACUGCACUGCAAGCAGUCGCUUUAGUGGCGUAUUUUUUUGUGGUGCAUUUUGAGUGGCGAAACAACAUUUACUGCCGCGAAGAAGUUCCCCGUAUUGGACAGUUUCUGCAGUCAGCUCCGGUUUUUCAUAGACUGCUUAUUACUAAUAUUCUUCUAUCCUGUGUAUUACUGCCAAGCUGCACAUAUGCGCUGAAUGUGGCUGCGCGCAACGCGGAGAACUGGUGGAUCCUCCAUAGGCAAACUUGCACGCAGUGCAAAGGUUUUAAAGAUCGGUUUUGCUCGCACCAACCAUGCUGGCUUUGCGAUUGGAUUUGGUCUAACGAGAACGAUAAUCUAGAAAAUUUCCAGAUUAUCAAACCGGUCCCGUUUCUAUUAAAUUACAAGGCCCCCAGCGCAACUUCCAUAAUAAUACUGCAGGUUUUAGCUCUAACUGACGAUGUAGAACGUGGCCGAAAGGGGGACAUGCUGCUCUGCCACGACCACUACUCGCAACUUGUUAUGAUCAGACUUUGGUAUCAAAAUGCAGAAAGAGUGGCCCAGGAUCGUAUAGAUUUGGAUCGCGAUCGCGUUUUAUGGGAUAUUUCUGGUGACCGUUCCCUCCAGCUUUUUUUGAUUCGUGUCCGUACUUGGGGACGCCAGUGCACAACCGAUCUGCUGGAACAUCUGUACACACCUGAAGGUGUACCAUUGCAGUUAUGGUUUAAAGCCAGAUUGUAUGACCAAAUGAACGAGAGUGAGUGGAUAAAAGAACGAGAUUGUCUGGAUAUUUACUGGUUAAAGGCCAAGGAAAUUCGACAGAACCAUAGGUCAUGCGGCCGUGAAUGCGCACUCCGUCAAAGGUUUCUGGCGGGACGUUUGACCAUUAACUUGGAGCCUUCAAAAUCCAUUACGAGCAACCUGCAGGAUAAAGUUUUUACACUUUACAACAAUUGCUCUUACUGUCGGAAUUUCGCCAAAUAUUUCUUUCUCAUAGACGAAAAAAGGGAUGGAUUUGGAAAAUGUUGGUCUGCACGCCCUUGUCCUGGGAUCGAAUGAUCAAGCAAUUGUAGGGAUUUAUUAACAAACUUCCAGAUGAAAGGAGGUCUGCACUGCUGCACAUAUCAAGUUUCAAAGCGUUCUGUCGCGAGAAUGAACAAUAUCUGUUUUUUACUUGGUGUUGUUUUGUUGGCGGGAAGGUGGACGGGUGAAUGGCGGACAUUCAGUGAAAUCGCAUCCACCUUUCUGCCAUCUCAGCAGCCAGCUGCAUUCAGUGUUUGAUUGUGUUUUCAUACGUAACUUGUGAGUGAUGAAUGCAUGUUUGCUGGUACUACUCUCUUAUUGACAGACACGCUGGCGAUGCACAGUAAUAAAGCGG